GUUGUUUUUUUGUGUGUGGGUGUCGGCAAAGUUAUCGUGAAAUGUUACGUAAAAUGAGCAAAUGGAACAUUAUCGCCAGGGGGAAAUAGGGUGGGACGUAGAGCACGAGACGGAGGACUUUAUAAUUGUCCUCUUUAUUCAUGCAAGAGGACCACAUUCGUAAUAUUUACAAACCAAGGGAGGUCAUUUGCGGAAGGACUUUUUUCUUGUCCUCACUUUUUUUGUCCUGCUGUGUUUUACUAUUUAGAUCUAAAGAUGGUGUGAAGUUUGGUUAAAUAGAGCUGAGUUAUGGUUAGGAAAAAUGUCAGGGUUUGACAUAAAUGUAAACACAAAGUCUUCAGUUUGCGUAAAAGAAUGUGGGUGUUAUUUAUAAUUACGUUGCGUCCGGAUGUCAACAGGGUGGAGCAAGCACACGGAACAGAAUCUAUUACACAGGAAGCCAGAGGGACAGAUGAAGACGGCCCCGUGUUACCUGGAGCACAAACAUGGAUAAUAACAAGCAGGUCCCACAAAAGUUACCAGUGAUGCAUCAAGUGAUAAAAUGUAUCGAAGAGGGCGACUUAACAAAUCUUAAAAAGUUACUGCGAGAAUACCCUAUAAAUGGUCUUUAUCCGUACAGUAAACUAAACGAUAAUGUAACCCCUCUGACUGCUGCUCUUAUAAACCAUAAGAUGCGUUUGUUUACAUACCUCCUAGAACAAGGUUCAGACCCAAAUCUUGCCUCGACCAAUGGGUGGACACCUUUGCAUUAUGUCUCACAAGCCAAAGCUCUAAUUGGUUUUGUAGAAAAACUUCUUGAAGCAAAAGCAGAUCCUAAUGGGUGGAGGCCUGGGGAACUUGUGAUGCCUACACCACUACAAACUGCUGCCAGUCAUGAAAGAGAAGAUGUUGUUGAAAUGCUCCUCUCUGCUAAAGCAAAGGUGUUGUUGUUACCACCACGACACCUCGACAGUCUGAAAACCAACAAAAACAUAGCUCGGAUUAUUCAUAAUUUGGGAUCUAAAGGAAAUUUUUCUUGCUCCAAAAUUUGUUAUUUUUUGGAUGCUGAAAUCGCUGUGGGACAGGAAACCCCAGAGAAGGUUUUCAAAGAUUUUCAUAAGCACAUGUUACUGGAGGAUCCUGACAGCCAUUUGACCAUGAUUGAAGUGCUGUUCACUGUGAUUGGGCUCAGAGCAGAAGAAUAUAAACGGAGAAGUAUUCAAUGGCUUAAGGAAAUGAAUAAUUUAAACCUAUAUGUAACAAGUGCAAUUAGACGUUUACAAAAUAUCCCAAAAGGAUCAGUGAGAACAGUAGUUGAUACGUUAAAUGCAGUUUUCUGCACAAUGGACGACAUACCAAAUGAACAUUCAUCUAAAAGAGAGACAUACAACAUGGGAGGCUGUUCUGGAAAUGCAAGCAGGACUUGAAAUUUGGGGGGCUGUUCUCCCAACAAUUUAUGUGAUAACACAGAAAACAAAGGGCAUCAACAGCUGGGAAUCAGAUGUUAUUGAAACACUGAGCAAAACAGUCUGUCCUUUUGUAGAUGACCAGUACCCCUCUGAUAUCAGGACCUACACAUAUGGCAUAUUUGCAAACUUGCUGUCAUCUAAGAACUUUCAGUCAGGCUGUAUAAAAUCAGUACCUGAGGACAUAUUGAUAUAUGCAGACAUCAAAAUGAACGACAAGCUAAAAGAAGGACUAAAAUAUCUAAAAUCAUUUUUAGACAACCCACAGUCUGAGUGUGAUGAAAGCUCUACUGUGGCUAAAUCCAAAAAAAAGAAGAAAAAGAAGAAGAAGACAAAGAAAGAAGAGAAAGAAGACCCAAGCUGUGGUGAUGAUACAACUGCUUCUGAUGCAGAAAUAACUACUGUAGCAAAGUUAGUCUCAAAUGUAAGGCCAUUUAAUGACAGUCCCACCAAAGCAUCACCAUUAAGAAAAAGGCUUCCAAUCAGCAAAAGGUGGAAUGACAAGCUUAAAAAACUCGUAAGCAUCGAUGAAAGCAAAGUGACAAGAAUACAGGGCAUUAUUUAUGAAAAUACUGAAGAAUUUCACAUAGCAAAGGGAAGUGAUGGAACUGAAGUAUUCCUAGGACUGAGAGAUGAUGGCACAGAAGUUGCAAUUAAACGAAUGUCUAAAAGCAACUAUAAAACUCUGAAGAAUGAGGAAGGAAUCCUUCGACUGCCAGAACUAGAUCAUCACUCUAUUGUACGAUACAUUGAUCAUGCAGAGGAUGAAAACUUUGGAUAUCUUGCUCUCCAGCUUUGCGAGUACACUUUGGACGAACAUAUCAGUGCUGGUAGUAUUGAUGCCCUACAGAGGAAGAAACUCGUCUUAGAGCUUCUUGAAAGUUUAAAAGUGCUUCACUGUCAAAAUCCUCAGAUUUUCCAUCGUGAUUUAAAGCCACAGAACGUUUUAAUCGAUGUUAUGGGGAAGUCAAGACUGGCUGAUUUUGGGAUAAGUAGACGUUUACCCAAAGACCAAACAACGCACCAAACAGUAGCUGCAGGAACAAAGUGCUGGAAAGCCAGAGAGUCUCUAGAGGAGGGGUGCAUUGUGUCGUACAAGUCAACCACUGAUGUACAGGUUGCAGGGAUGCUGAUUUAUUAUAUCCUGUCUGGAGGAAAACAUCCAUUCAACAUCGGCAAAUCCUUUCAACUGGAAGCAAACAUUGACGAAGGGAAGUACAGUUUGGAUGAUGUUCAGGAUGUUGUGGCAAAAGAUCUCAUUGAAUGGAUGAUCAACAAAGAACCAAUAGACAGACCGAGAGUUGAACAAUGCCUCAGUCACCCCUUCUUCUGGCCAUAUGUGAAAAAAGUUGAAUACCUGAAAAAAGUUGGUAACAGAGAGGAAGUGGCAAAAUAUCAAAAUGCAGACCAGGAACUUAUAGACUCGCUUGAAAAAUAUGCAGAUCAUGGAGCCUUCUCACAGUGGAAGCAAAAGUUUCCACAAGAACUGGUUCAAAAGAUGGAAGGCAAGAAAAAAGCCUACCCUGACAACAUUCUAGGAUUGCUACGUUUCAUACGCAAUAUGCAUGAGCACUAUGCUGAAGAUGCUUCCAAAACUGACGUCCUUGAAUUAUUUCCUGAUCUGUUUGGAGCUGUCUUCAAGUACGCUAAAGACAAAGGGUGGAAUCAACAGGUCCCACUGAAUGAAAUGUUUCAGAGUGAAGACUCUCGCAGCAUGUUUGUGAUGCCUUCCCCAAACAUCGAGGAGCAGCUGGGGGUUCCAGUUCAGGAGUCUCAACCCAGUAACCUGGAUUGAAUUCAAAUUCAGAGGCUUAAAAACACAAAGAAAUGACUGAAUCUUAUGCAGGUUGUUUAGUUUACAUGUCAUAUGUUAAUACUAAUACAGUAAUAUCAAUUCAGUUAUUAAGUUAUGUAACAAUCCUUUACUUGAUAAGCUUUGAACAUGUUUUUACAAACGCAAAUGCAUUGUAAAACCUCAUUAACUAGAAAUGAGGUUUGAUUUUUAAAAUGGACGUAAUAGACUAAAUGUUUUUUUCUGCAUCUGUGAGGACUUUGCAUAUGGUGAUUAUCAGUAUCAUAUUUAUCUGUACUUCAGACUUGUCUGCUGCUGUUUAAUUCAUUUUACAACAUACCUUGCUUCUUUCCCAACAUGAGCUACAUAAAACCCUCAUUACUAUUACUGUACAGAAAUGAGAUGUUGAAACCAAAGAUUAUGUUUUAUAUAUCAUGUUGUUUAUCAAAGUAUCAAUAAUUACUUUUAAUUAAUUGAUUUCUUCAUAAUGUAGAAAUGUUUGGGAUUUUACCAGUUUUAUAUUUUCAAUGCAAUACUAAACUAAAAGAUCUACUUUAUAGGAUUUAGUCUAUUUUUCUCUAUUAUUUUUAUCUUCAUUAUAUGUCUGCUUAUACAAAAUUUGAAAAAUAAAGGAACCUUAUUUGAACAUAUAUUUUUAAAUGAUUCUCUUGUACCACCUUGUAUCUGUUAUAGGGUCCUAAUUUUAAUGGGUAAAAAAAACAACAAUGUUGCAAAAAUGUUGCAUGCUGCAAAGUGUUUCUCUGAUUAUUGUGAAUAGGCCAUUGUUUGCCUUAUGUGAUAAGCUUUCAGCGCUCUGUUUUUCCCAUCGGACUGAUUCAGCUAAAGAGAUAGAUUUCUAGAUUUCACAUUUGUAGUUUGAGACAACAGUAGAGUUUUGCUAUUUUUGAUUGUGUGUUUUAUUUUCUCUUGAAUCUUUCACUUUGCCUUCACUGGUUUGGUUUACUGUUCAAAAUGAAGUUUUUACAGUAUUUUAAUUUUUUUUUAAUGAAUUAUGUAUCGCUGUGUUUUCUAUUAAGUAUUUUGCUCUGGGACAACAAAAAUAAAUUACGUAUUUAUUUUGAAAAUUAUAAUUUUGUCUUGUCAUUUAUGUGUGUCAUUUAUUUUUGGUGAUUCUAAUUGUCAUAAGACAAGUGAAUUUGAUCUGCUUUAACUUCAAGUAGUGAGAAAAAAAUGUGAAUGAAAAAGAACAUGAAAUUUGUUUUGUUCUGAUGUUUUUAUAUGUAUUUAAUCAUUCUAAUGUCUGGAUUUGGAUGAAGCUUGCCGAUAAAUCUUUCUGCACUAAGAGGCUUUAAACAACUGAGAUGCCAUUUUAUGCAUAUUUUUAACUUUUCCACUAAGUAUAAUAAUUCUCCUUAAAGAUAGUGUAAACUGACAGAAAAUAUUUUUUCCACACGUCUUUACAAUAUCUUUUCACUUUUAUUUCACUCAACUGAAUGAAUGUACAGCAGUUUUUAACAGAAACAUUCAAUAAGCUUCAAACUAGAUCUCACUAAAGAAUUACAAAGCUUGCAUAUUUUUUUUAUUUACUUGCAAUGCCAUUCAUCUUACUAAAAGCAUUUGAAGUCUUUGUCAGGUUUGUCUAAAAAUAAGUUGACUUUUUAAAUGUCAUGCUCUUGCAAGCUGAAUCAACUGAUUCUUGUUAGUAAGUGCAAAGAACUGUUAAGAACAGGUAGUGGCAUCGGAGUCCUGAUUAUAUGUACACCUGGUAAGGAGUCAAUUUUUUUUUUUAAGAAUGAAAAAUAAAAAGAAAA